GUGCUAAUUCAAUCUUAUCGCACUUAAGUUCAAUUAAAUAAGAUUGAAAUGGCAAAUGACAGCAACUUUAGUGAAUUCAAUCAAUUUAACGUAACACAAAUUGGCCAAAAUUUUGGCAACGAUGGAAAUAAUGUUACAUCUUCGCCGACUGGUCCACUUCCCCAGGAGCCGUUUUUUACCCAACUAGAAGUUGCUGUUUUGGGAACCAUCAUUUGUCUAAUGUCAAUCAUUGGAAUAAUAUUAAACAGCAUCACGUUCUUUGCAAUCUUAUUGGAUACAAAACUGAAAAAUUCAGUUUUCAACGUUUUUAUAUCGAGUUUGUGCGUUUCUGACUUUUUUUCAUCAAUCAGCAAUCCGUUGACAUUUUUUACAUUGAUGGGAACUCAUAAAGAUUAUUUAUUUUCAGACAUUGUGUGUAAGUUGCAUACCGCUGUUGAUAUAUGGACAACCAUUUGUACUAUUCAGCAUAUUCUUGUAUUUUCACUCCUUCGUCUUGUUGCCGUUUCGUAUCCUCAUCAUAUUAAACGUAUUAGUGUUUUGAUGGCCAAAAUCGGAGUUGCUUUCAUAUGGUUGGAAACUUUUGGAGUGUCUUUUGUACCUUACUUUUACUUUAUGGGGGUAUUCAAAGGUUCUCACCUGGAUCCUAACGUUAUGUUGUGCAGGGGUGGCGGACAGACAAUAAUAGCCUUCUCACAAUACGUAAAAUAUUCAUAUCCAAUCAUAUUUUAUGCACCUAUGAUGUUGGUGGUUAUAUGCUCCAUUGCUUUAAUAUAUCUCAUGAUACGAAGGAAAUUAUCCAAAGAAGCAUUGGGGAAUGGCAGGAAGACAAAAGAUGAAAAUUUUGCCAUCCUCCAGCUUUCUUUGAUUUUGCUUUCUUUUCUGAUUGGAUAUAUUCCGGAUGUUGCUCGCCGACUAUUCAACACGAAUAACUCACUAAAAACCAAGUCAGAUUUGUUGAUUUAUAUUAUACCGAUAUUCAUUUUGCGAUUUUCGGAAUGUCUGAAUCCAGUGUUCUACAAUAUAUCUCCCAGCUCAAUUAGAAAUGCAUCUGUAGACUUACUCAAAAAAUUGUUUUGUUGCUGGAAACGAGAUUCAAGACAUUUGCAGGAAUCAGAACGAGAUCGAAGAAGGUUGCCUGGUAGUCAAGAAACGAAAUUUAGUGAGCAGAACACAAGAAAAACCAAUGCAUAACAUUUGUUAUACAAUAUGAUUAAUAUUGAAACAAACACCAAGAAACACAUGAAUAACAUUGGCUCUGAUAAAAUAUUUGAAAUUACAUUCUGUAAAAUAUUUGUUAUAAUUGUUUAUUAUGACAAUUUUUUUAUUACAAAUUUUUUACUAUUUUCGAUGGCAUAAUUUAACUUGAACCUGGUUCAAUGCAUAUAAAGAUGAAGUCAAUUCAUUCUACGUGAAUUACCAUUUAUAUGCAUUUUAUUUUCUCCAACUUUCUUCAACAGAAAACAUUAUUGUUUUCUAGUUUACGCUGUUUCUUCAUGCAAUUUGAUUGCGAAUCAUGUUUUGCUGUAAAUAUUGUGUCUGUAUAGCAAUGUGCUUGUUUAAUGUUAUAAAUAUUUAUAUUCAUAGUGAAAAAAGAUUUGCUUAAUCGGUCGCUAUAUAAAGUUUUUGUGGUUUAAUGAAAAUUUUAGUUUUGUUUCGUGCACUGGGAAUGCACUGUUACUCAUGUAAAAGCUUUAUAAUGUUUUAUAAAGUGUAUUCCUUUUCAAUUUAAAAUUCUGUUCUUCAAGUUUUGUGAAAGUUUGCCGUUUAGAUGUUAUUUUAAUUGGAUUUAGUUUUACUGAAAUGAGAAAUAUAGUCACUGUAUUACAUCUACCCAGACUAACACUAUACCUUUAAUGCUUCAGAAUUGUAGCAAAUCAAAUGAAUUUGAAGACAAAACGUUAUUUUUGGGGGGUAAAAGAUACAUGAAAUAAAUUGAACUAUUGUUUAUUAUACUAUUCAGUGUGAUUGCCUAUA